UGUAUUAUAUACACAUAUAUUUAUAGAGAAGACAAAACGAGCAAUUCUCUGGGGAAGUUGAAGCUCCACUGAACAAAAAUGGUGGCUAAAGCCCUAAGACCCGCAACAUGCACAACCUUCUUCUUCUUCUUCCUCAUCCUCGUAACAGACGGUGUCAGCUGCGUGGCAUCAGAUCAUGAGGACCUUGCCAUACGCCAAGUCACAGAGGAUCACCGCAAAACACUCGUCGGGACCCACACGGAGAGCAGGUUCCGCGCGUUCAUGUCGGAGUACGGCAAGAGCUACGAGACGAGGGAAGAGUACGUCCACCGUCUCGGGGUGUUUGCGAGGAACGUCCUGAGAGCGGCGGAGCACCAGAUGAUGGACCCCACAGCCGUCCACGGCGUCACUCAGUUCUCCGACCUGACCGAGGAGGAGUUCGAGCGCAUGUUCACCGGAGUCUUGGCCGCCGACGAAGGCGGAGUUGGGGUCCAGGAGGCAGCGGCAGAGGAUGUGGAGAUGGCGGAGAUUGAUGGGUUGCCGGAGGAUUUCGACUGGAGGGAGAAGGGUGCGGUGACUGACGUCAAGAUGCAGGGAGCAUGUGGGUCGUGCUGGGCAUUUAGCACCACAGGAGCAAUCGAAGGAGCUAAUUUCGUCUCCACCGGAAAGCUUCUCAAUCUCAGCGAGCAACAGCUCGUCGAUUGUGAUCACGCCUGCGACACCAAGGACAAGAAAGCGUGCGACGAUGGGUGCGGGGGAGGGCUCAUGACCAAUGCCUACAAGUACGUGAUGGAGGCAGGCGGCUUGGAAGAGGAGAGCUCGUAUCCUUACACCGGAAAACGCGGCCGGUGCAGGUUUGAUGCCGGUAAGGUGGCCGUGCGAUUGGCAAAUUUCACGACUAUUCCCUUGGACGAGAACCAAAUCGCCGCCAAUCUAGUGCGGCACGGCCCUUUAGCCGUGGGAUUGAACGCGGUGUACAUGCAGACGUACAUAGGCGGAGUGUCGUGCCCUCUUAUAUGCAGCAAGAGGAGGCUCAACCACGGGGUUCUCCUCGUGGGGUACGGUUCGAAAGGGUUCUCGAUCCUACGGCUCGGAAACAGACCGUAUUGGAUAAUCAAGAAUUCGUGGGGGAAGACGUGGGGCGAGAACGGAUACUACAAGCUAUGCCGCGGCCACGGCAUUUGUGGUGUGAACGCCAUGGUCUCUGCCGUUGUCACUCAAGUUUCUUCUUCUCCUUGAAAGUGGGGUUCUCUUUCUCGUUGAUUUUGCAUGAUAUCAUAUAUAGUGUUUUGUGUCGGAAACAUACAUGUGUACUUUUGUAAUAACAUGCAUAUGCGACAUGAAUGGUUUUCUUCUUGAAAUGGUUUGUUUUGAUUGUAUCA